AUUACAAGUUAAUGCGGAUGCGUGAGUGUCCUUCAAGCCAUUACCCAUCAGAAUGUCGUAGGGAUAACAAAAUACAUUUACCCCUUCGGCCAUCCUCUGCGGAUACACUCACACCAAUACACACAUAACCACAACACAGACGCCGACACAAGUUUAAAACGGGGACAAUGCAACCGUUUAGCGAUAGUCUAAGCAAAAGUCGUGAUGAUUUGGUCAAUGUCAUCGCCUCCCGGCAACAGCAACAGCAGCAACAACAACAACAAUUAUAUGGCCUAAGGCGACAUCAUGGCAGCAGUCCCAAUUUAUCGCUAAACCAAACGGAUAAUCUAAGAAGAAGCAUGGCCUGCCUGCAAGAUGAAUUCGGACACCUGGGACUUGCCACAACAGAUUUGCCAUUUAAAUCAGCUGAUCUCGAUCUUGAUCUGCAACGAUCGCCGCCACAUCAUCACAAUAAUUAUGCUGAGAUAACUGAUAGCAGUGCCGAGAAUACCACGUGCCAGCAACAACGUGGCAUAGCCGGUGCCUUUGGACAUCAUCAUCCGGAUAAACCAAUUGGCUGGAUGUAUGGCCUAUUGGGAUGCAUGAAGCCUGUGCUUUCCUUUAUCGGCAAAGCCGGUGUUAUUGAGGUGAAAAACCAACGAAGCGAAGAUUGGGAAAUACCAUUUGAAUCCAUCACAGAUUUAGAAUGGUUGGGCAGUGGAGCUCAAGGAGCUGUCUUUAGUGGCAAAUUGAAAAAUGAAAUUGUGGCAGUUAAGAAGGUCAAAGAACUGAAAGAGACAGACAUUAAGCAUUUAAGGAAAUUGGAUCAUGAGAAUAUCAUUAAAUUCAAGGGCGUUUGCACUCAAUCGCCAGUAUUUUGUAUUAUCAUGGAAUUCUGCCCAUAUGGGCCAUUACAGAAUAUACUCAAGGAGGAGCAGGUCAUGUUGCCGUCCCGUUUGGUCUCUUGGUCCAAGCAAAUUGCCCUGGGUAUGCAAUAUUUGCAUUCCCAUAAAAUUAUACACAGAGAUCUCAAGAGUCCCAACAUCCUGAUUAGUACAAACGAGGUGGUUAAAAUUAGUGACUUUGGCACAAGUCGCGAAUGGAAUGAGAUUAGCACUAAGAUGAGUUUUGCCGGAACUGUUGCCUGGAUGGCUCCCGAAGUGAUACGCAAUGAGCCAUGCUCCGAGAAGGUAGACAUUUGGUCAUAUGGCGUUGUUCUAUGGGAGAUGCUAACAUGCGAGAUACCCUAUAAGGAUGUGGACUCAUCGGCCAUCAUAUGGGGUGUUGGUAACAAUUCGUUGAAACUUUUAGUGCCCAGCACUUGCCCGGAAGGCUUUAAGCUGCUCGUGAAACUUUGCUGGAAAAGUAAACCACGCAAUCGUCCCUCGUUCCGGCAAAUACUCACACACUUGGAUAUAGCCGGACCAGAAUUAUUACGCAAAACGGAAAAGCAAUAUUUCGAGACACAGAAAUCAUGGAAAGAGGAGGUGCGUUCACAUCUCAAGGAGAUAACACAGAAUGGCACAAGUAUACACAAAUAUGAGCAGGAUUUGAUAAAGCGGCGAACGGCCGAAUGGCGACAUGCCCAGGAUAUACGUAUGGUUUAUGAGGAUAAAUUGCAAAAGACAAAUCAAUUAUUCUUUGAGCUAAGCGAAUGCAUGUCCCAGUUGCAAGAGAAGGAAAAAGAAAUUGCCGAGCGUGAACGCAAGUUGCCAGGAGGUGUUGGAAGCGCUGUCGUUGGAUAUAAGCCAAAUCGACGUCUGGGCAAUACGUUUAGAAAAAUGCAACAUUACCGCAGGCGAUUGAAUGCUCCACCACCAACUGCAGCGAUACAAUCAUCGACACCAGAUCCAGAAACAACGCCAGAGUCACCCGUAAAAUGUGUACUUUAUGCCCAACUGGACAACAAUUUGCAACCCAAAUCGUAUUUGGGUAACAUCAUCGCUGGUAAUAAUGUUGGUGGCGGCGGCAACGGUGGCUCCAUUAUGGGUAAAAAGACUUUCCGACAUCGACGAAAUGGUUCCGGCUCAUUGGCUGGUGCACCGCCAAAAUACAGUCCCACCCGUGAUCGUCGCUAUCAGAGUGAGCCCGAGAAUCGUAAAGUUCAGCUUGUUGAGCGACAAACCCAAACAGAUGCCAUGGAUGUGAGUGAGACGGAUAUAAGUCCUAGUGGUGAAGUGCCACCGGCGCCACCAAUGCCAACGCCACCCAAUCAUCGCCAGCUGCCGCUGCAAUUGCAACGUGUACAGCAAAUAGCUCAGGCACAGGCUGAGGCCAAGGCGAGAGCUGCCACUGCCUCACCGAUAAAUGCGACAACACCGUCGAAUGGCAAUUCGUUGAGUACAAGCGAAUUAACUUAUCAGGAUGCAUGCUCUAGUCCCGAUCAGCUACUCGAUGAUGUUAUGAAUAGCAACGAGCGAUUGGAUAUGACCGAUUGUUGUUCCGACAAUGAGAAUCUAGAGAGAUUGGGACGGAAGGUAAUUGAGUUUAUCACCGAGAAUCGCUUGUCCAUACAAUCCAAUACGAAUUCAUAUACGAACACCGAGAAUGGCAAUCAAGGAGGAGGAGGAGGAGGUGGCUGCAGCAGCGGCGGCGGAGCAGGUGAUAAAUCACUGGAUACGCGACUCGAGUUAAGACAAAGUCCAAGUCUAAGCAAAAGAAGGUCCCACUCAACUGAGAAUGCCAAUGGAGAGACGCAAGAGUUGGAUCAUGAUCAGGAUAGUUGGUCCGAUGAGGAGGGCGAGGCCACAGACUAUAAAUAUGCACUAAGAAGAAGAAGCAUUGGCCGCUUACCCAUUGGUCGUGGCAUGCGUCCACGUCGUAGCUAUAAGGCUCCAUCAAUGAUGUCACAAAAAAUAGCCAUACAUAAACGUAAUGUGGUCAUAGUAUCGGAUGAGGAGGAGAAUACAUCCGAAUACAGUCAUUCGCCAGCUUCCAGUCAGCACUCAACACUGGAGAGCAACACUGAUAUGCCAUCGGUAAUGAAGCAGCAGCAGCAGCAGCAAAAGAACACUGUCUCCACCUCCACUUCAACCAACAGCUCCAGCGAACCUGAAGAGGAUGACUCAAGUGACUCGAGUGAAGAGGAGGAUGAAGAGGAGCAGGUGGUAGUGGACAAACGGCAAACGAAAAAACAUGAGGCAAUUGCAACAAGUGCUCCAUUGCCCAUGGGAGCCAUACGUAGCAGCGAUAUUAUAUCCAUUCCCACAUUUGAGGCUGAUGGAGCUGUUAAUAUGGUUUAAAAUUAGAUAUAAAUACACACACACACACCAACACACACACACACGAAAGGAGAAAGAAAACAGACACAUUAUUAACUAAAGAUGCAAUUUUUUGAUUCUAUAUGAAACAUAUUUACAUACACAUACAAUUCAAAGUCAACAGAUUUUCGAUGCUGGGCUAAUUAAUUAUUAA